UCUGCACGAGCAUCCUUUGAAUCGAUGGAUGACACACACCGAAUGUCAAUCUGAGUCUGUCAGUCUCUGUCGCGACACCACACACACACACAGCUUCCCGCCCUCGCAAAAAGCAGGCAAUAUCUCUCACGGUCUGUCUGUCUGUCUGUUUGUUGUGUUUGUUACCCUACUAGAAGCUGCACACUGCACAUACAUACACCCAUACGCCCCCUCUCAAUUGCUCCCGCCCCUCGAACCAUCCGAUCAUCAGCCGAGCCAUUUGGUGAAGAAGUCGUUGCCCCUGUCGUCCACAACGAUAAAGGCCGGGAAGUUCUCCACCUCUAUUUUCCACACAGCCUGCACACAUCGCAUCCAUUCCACCCAGAGAGAGAGAGCGGCAUUCUGCGUGGCCGGGCCGUGUGUGCGCAAACACAUACACACCUCCAUGCCGAGCUCUUCGUAUUCCACCACCUCCACCUUCUUGAUGCAGUUCUGCGCCAAUAUCGCCGCAGGGCCGCCGAUGCUGCCCAGAUAAAACCCACCAUGCUGCUUGCACGCCUUGGACACCUGCACAACACCCACCAAACCAUCACACCACACCGCUCUCUGUCCUGCGUGCUUGUGAGGGCGUUGUAAUGUACCUCCUUGCUCCUGUUGCCCUUGGCAAGGGUUAUCAUAGACCCGCCGGCAGCCAUGAAUGGCCCCACAUAAGAGUCCAUCCGGCCAGCAGUGGUCGGGCCAAACGAACCAGACGCAUAACCAGCAGGCGUCUUGGCCGGCCCUGCAUAGUAGAUGGGAUGGUUCUUGAUGUAGUCGGGCAGCGCUCCCUCUUUCUGCAGCCGCUCGUUGAGUUUGGCGUGGGCGAUGUCCCGCGCCACAACGAGGGUGCCCGUCAACGAUAGACGCGUCUUGAUCGGGUACCUGCCAGCCACCAUAAAGCGACGAAAGCAAUGAGCCAAUGGGUGGCUGAUUUUGCGUGUGUUGGGAGGGGAGGGUGGUGUAUCUGUCUUUACUUGCUGAGUUGCGCAAGGACUUCCGUCAUGGGGCGGUUGAGGUCCACCUGCACCACCUCCCCACCUACAUGCACAAAUACACACACUUGCAAGUGCGCAUUGCGAGAAGACACAUGGGUGGAUUGCAGACUGACCAGAGCCCAGAGACUGCUCCGUGACGUCAGGGAGAUACUGUCCUGGGUUCUCUUCCAAUUGCUCAAGGAACACUGACACACACACAAAUACACACACAGAGGGAGACAGCGGUGUGUUGGUAUCAGCCACGCGUGCAGCCAACCAGAAUAUUCACUGACCUCCUUCGUCGGUGAUCUUGCCGAUGGCCUGUCUGUCUGCCGAGCAUGACACGCCGAUGCCGACUGGGCAGGACGCGCCGUGCCGCGGCAGCCGGAUGACCCGCACGUCAUGGCAGAAGUACUUGCCGCCGAACUGGGCACCGAUGCCCAUGUUCUGACAUAUCUGACAUACACACCAUCACACACAUACGGAUGUCGACGGAGGGAUGUCUUGGUAAGUCGGUGGGGCGGGUGGGUGGGUGACCUUGUGCACACGCUCUUCCCACUCCAGGUCUCUGAAUGCCCGACCGUGCUCAUUGCCAGAGGUGGCCAGACCGUCGUAAUACCUGAUAGACACACAGACAAACAGACACAUGGACAAGUGAAAUGGACGGAUAGCCUCCCAUUUGUGUUGACAAAGAUCUGCCCAUACCUGCAGCUGGCCAUCUUGACGGUCUUGAGGGUCAUCUCGGCAGACAAACCGCCUGCACACACGCCGAAGUGGCAUUUCAGCAGGCAGCCCUGUAGGAUGUGUCACAUACCGAUGACGAUGGCCAGGUGGUAGGGCGGGCAUGCGGCCGUCCCGAUCGUCUUGAUCUUCUCCUCCAGAAACAUGGCCAAGCUGUCAGGGUUCAACAAGGCCUGCACGCACACAGUCACCACAGCUCGUUCUCUAUCUAGCUGUCACCGAUCCACCCUUGACUCACUUUGGUUUGCUGGAAAAGGAACGUCUUGUUCGCCGAGCCGCCCCCCUUGGCGAUGAAGAGGAAGUUGUAGGCGUUACCUUUGCUGGCGUACAGCUCGAUCUGUGCUGGCAGGUUCGUCUUGGUGUUUGCCUCCGUGAACAUGUCCUUGGGCGACACCUGAGAGUAUCUACCACCACACGCACAGCAGACAGCAAUACUUGGAUCUCCCUCUCUGCUGCGUCUCUUGUGUGUCGGCGAUCGGCGCACCUGAGAUUGGACAUAGUGUAGGCGUCAUAGACGCCUUUGCUGAUGUGGGACUCGUCCUCGUCGUCGGUGAUGACGCGGGAGCCGCGCUUUCCAAUAACGAUGGCGGUGCCUGCACCACGCACACACCAUACAGACACCUUUGAGAACACCACGAGUCAAUCACCACUUCCGUGUCGGUUCUCAAAGGUUGAUCUGACCGGUGUCCUGGCAGCCCGGCAGCACUCGCCCAGCAGCGAUGUUGGCAUUUUUCAAGAGCUCAAGUGCAACAAACCUGAGCACACACACACACACAACCCAAAAAGGCCGAUGGAGAGAUAGGACUUGAUCACUGCUGCAGUCGCCUACCUGUCGUUGUCUGAUGAUUCUGGGUCCUUGAGUAUGUUGGCCAGCUGCUGCAGGUGACCCGGCCGCAGCAGAUGAGAUAUGUCAAUCAUCCCCUGACGAGUCAACUGAACACGUACAAUAUACAGCAUUCAGCAGACAGACAGACAGACAGACACACAGACAGUCACGCAUCAAGAGCAAUCCAGCAAUCAGUGAUUGAACAUUCAUUCUGCCUCACUCAGCUGACUCACUGACUCACUGACUCACUGACUCACUCACUGCUUCCCUCACUGCUUCACUCACUGCUUCACUCGCGCACCUGUGUGAGCACCCAUGGCUGCACAUGGAGGUAGCUGUGGCCAUCCAGGUUCACCCUCGACACUCCAUCGCCCGUCAGCUUCUUGAGCGGCACACUCAAAGGCGUCACCUGCUCAAACACGUCCUGAUAAGUGAACGGCGCCGGGCCAGACGCCGCCGCCGCGAAAGCACGGACACACCUGAAGGGCAGAACGGCCCGCACAGAUGACCGCAGUGGAGCUGCGUGGCGUAGAAGACUCAUUGCGGCUGCAGCUGCCGUGUGAAAGUCGUCUUCCC